ACUAGAUAGUAAGUACGUCAAACGUCAUGGGAACUAGGUCGAAAAAAUAGUAGGUAAAUGUCUUACUUUUUGCAAUAUUUUAAGUACAUUACGUACCAGCUUCAUUAAAACUGUCUUCAUAGAAAAGCAGCUGGAAGUCGUUCCCAUAAUGAUAAAUUAUUUCUACGGGAUAGAUUGUACAUAACCUCGGCGGAACCCUAAUCGAAGGUAAUCAAGGAGGGCUUCAGAUCAGAAGGAACUAUUAUUUCAAACCUAAAGGUUCGGAAAUAUAGAACAAAAACAGUUACUUAUGGCAUAGUUAGCAAAUAUGGCUGACAAACUAACCUUGGAUUAUUCUGAAAGGGAGCUGAAUUUGGGUGCUAGUUUUACUAAUAAUAAAACUUCACAAUAUCAUACAAUUAAAUAUGACUUCAAACCAGCGUCGGUGGAUGUCAACAAAAUGGCGACCGUAGACGUCGGUACUAACAAUCAAGUGACUGUAACAGUGCCUCACCUGGAUGGCGCAGGUGUGCCACAGACAGUAUUCAAGGGUAGCCAGAGGCCUUACACGAAAGAAUGUGUACUAAUAAUUGAUAAAAUCACUGGUGAAAUCACAUUGGAGAAACUUUCUAGUAAUAUUCAAGUUAAAAAGACAAGACAAGAGACGAGUCAGAAACCGCGGCCACUGACGCCGGUCAUAACAGACUUCACUAACACCACGCAGCGCUCCACCUCCCGCACCAGGGUUGCCACCAAUCGACGCACCAAUAACAAUGCAGCAUCGGCGGGUGCUCAACCUAAUCAGCGAUUCAACGGCAGUAUGAACACACACAAACCUUCACCCAAUAUGGUGAGAUCUCCACCGAGGGUGAAAACAUCUCCUCCACAGGCUGCACCUUGGUCCGGUGGCGGGAACAGUACGCUCGCUUCGCUGCCGAUGAUAGGAUUAGACGAACCGUCGCCCGCACCCGCGCCCGCUCCCGCUCCCCCUGCCCCCGCCCCCGCCCCCCUCCACAACGGCUACGCUCGCGAGCGGCACGAGCGAAACGAGCGCCUCGAGCGGAACGAGCGGAGCGACCGUCCAGACAGACAGUAUACUGAGCGUCCGCAGAUAAACACCCAUGUGCCUCCCCCGCAAAUACAGGAGCCUUCGUUUGCGACACAAAAGGCCGUGAAACAAGAGGACAGCUCGUCCAGUUCAUCCAGCGAUAGCGACAGCGGCUCCGAUAGCGGCAGCGACAGCGACGACGACACCCCCAACACUAGAAUCCCUGUUAACGGCGCUGCAGCCAAUCCGGCCUUGCCCAGCGAUGUGCUCAACGAUGAUCUCUGCCUCUCCGAAUCCGGGAGCGACUCGGACUGACCUCACGUUAAACUUAUUACUUUAUUCGGGUUGGGUAUAUUUGUUUCUAGGCGUCACUAUUCAAUCAGAACGUUGUGACAGGUUAGCACUAGUCUACUGUCUCAUGGUUUUAGUCUGUGACCAGUUGACAAAGUCUACUGUCUCAUACUUUCAGUUUGUGACAAGUAGUCAUGGUGCAUUGUCUUGUACUUUUAGUAUGUGAUUAGUUGACAUAGUCUACUGUCUCAUACUGUUAGUUUGUGACAAUUAGAUACGGUGUAUUAUCUGAAACUUUUAGUCUGUGACAUGUUAUCGGAUACGCAGAUGUUUAUUGAGGUUUCCAUUAUUCUUCUAAGAAAACUUGGGACUUAGUACUGGACAUGGUAUAUUAUUCUUUUCCUGCACUUCGAACUAUAAGUAAAGUUUAUUUUCUAUAUGUUUAAUUUGUUUUCUAACCUAAUAUUUGUAUAAUAAAAGCACCAUAUGUUGAUUUUUAUUCUUUAUAAAAAGUUUAACUAUGAAUCAAGCUAUGUGGCUAAAGAUCUGAUUUUUCUUAAAAUCUAAUUUCUGUUUUGUUUAUAUUUAUAGAAUUUUGUCUAUGGAAUUUUGUAACAUUACGGUGAUAAGUGUUCUCUGUGUGCGUUAUGAAAUUUCAUAUCUGAUUUUGCCCUAACGUUCCUCAUCAUUAGUGCUGGACACGAAUGGAGAUGGAACUCACUUGUGACAAAAAAAAUGAGAUUUGUUUGUUUUAAGUAAACAUCUGGUUUUGGGGGGUAUUUGUAAAUAAUGUUAAGUUUGACAAUUAACUUUUUAAUUUUAUUGCUCAAUUAUUUUCAGCUAGGCAAAAUUCAAUUAAGUCAAAAUUACUUGCUACAUGGCUACAUUAUGAUUGUUCGAAAAUAAAUUAAGCUAUUUUAAGUAAGACUUAGUUUUCAUUGUUUUCUAUUCUGAUAAAUAAAUGUUCAUCAACACUUAUAUUCAGUGAUUAAAAUUAAUUAAUCGAGUUCAUCACUUGUGUGAAGUUAUAUUCUUUAUUAUUAUUUUUUUGUUUAUUUCUUUCUCAAAGUACUAACUAACAGAGGAAACAGUAUGAUGAAUUUACUGCUUAAUAAGCUUUAUAAAAGGACCUAUUUUAUAACUUUGAAACUUUUUUUAUAUCAAACAUAGCUUUGUAAAAGAUAUCAACAUAUGAAUAAGCCUUAUCUAUUGGUCUUUGACAAUAUUUUGUAAAGGUAAAAUUCGAUAUCGUCCCAUUUUCGGACGGAUCUGAAGUUCAGUUGAAACCCGAUAAGUUAUUUUUGACAGAACGAGAUAUUUAGCUUUUAUGUAAUAAUAAUUUUUUUUUUAUGUUCAAAGACUAUAAGACAGUUUCACUGUCAUAAAACAAACCGAUUUACGACUAACCCGGUAGAGGUGAUCCUCUAUUGCUUUGCUACCGUUUAGAGACGUAAUCUCCUUCGAUAGUUUAUGGUCCAACGAUUUUUUUAGUGUUUUUCAAUCGAUGCGCUAGAGAAGAAUAAAGUGUUUUUGGAAAAAAAACUUGUUUAUAAACGCGCAUUAAAUGCCUAACCAGAGACAACUCAGUACUAAUUACCUCUGCUUCUACAUUAGGACAAAACUUCGAGUGUGUGGACCAAAUGUUAUACAUACUUCAUGUUUCAAAUGCCUUAUUUAUCUUGUUAAUAAAUAAACGCCGCCGCCGACUUUUUUUAAUUAUCAUUACAGGAUCGUCAAUUUCCAUUUUAAAUUAGUAAGAAUCAGAAUUUGCCACUAGUUACGGAAAGUCUUUGAUUAUCGCGUGAAAAUUUUUCAAUGUUUACAAUAUGUUAAAAUAAUUUUUCUUUUCUUUUUUUUUCUAUGGAAAUAACAGUACUAAUAUUUAUUAUGUAUCUUUCUCUAUCUUCCUAUCAGAAAGAGAAGUAUGUUUUUUUUAUUUGCAGAGAGCAAAUGUUACUAUUCUAUGAUAGUAUAUUCUUAUGAUAAAAAGUACACUCAGAAAUAUACCUUAUAAUAAUUAUGUCAAGUACAAUAAUGUACUGCACUUCUGUAAAGUAUGGUGAGGCAAAGUUGUAACCAUACCCGAAUGAAAUUUUUAUAUAUAGAGCUAUGAAUUACUAAUGAUGAAAAGAGCAUAAAACUAUCAUAUCGGAACAAUAAGAGUAAUUCUAUUAAAAAGACUGCAAAUUUAAAAAAAAAAAUUACAGGAAAGAUUUUUUUUUUUUUUAUUGAUAUCGAUAUAAAAUAAUGUACUCUUUUUUUCUAUUAGUGAUCCAUUUGACUUUAAAAUUAUAGGUAAAACAAAUCAUCUUUAUUAACGUAAUACCAAUAAUAAUAAUGUGCCUCAAUCGAGCAGAGUUAUUUUUUGUUAUGCCAAUAUCUUAAUACAUAGAUACGUCUAGUUAAGAGUGUAAUGUUUGUUUGAUAUUUUUAUGACAAUCAUAUUUAUUUAAUGAUUAGUUAUGAAAUAAAAAUUUUAAUAAGUUUAUAUUGUAAGAUUACAAGUUGUUUUAUUUUUACAUUACCUAUAUUCCAGUAAGGCUACGUGUGCACUGAUGACUUUCUGUCGUUGCAAAUUUUGU